AAUGAGAGACACAAAUGUGUUGUUUGAAUGCAAUAAUCAUUUUUAAAAGCCAUUCAUUGAUUGAUUCAUUGAUUCAUACAAAACAAUAAUUCAUUUAAUUUAUUAUUAAAUUCAUUGCUUUUUUUCACAGUAUUUGCUGAAACAGACAGUAUUUUUGUUGUUGUCGUCGUCAGUGAGAUAUCACUUAAAAUUAAAAAUCUGUUUAAUUAACACAACUAACUGAUCCAAAUUGAUUUGUUUGCCAUCAAUUUAAAAUCAAUUAAAAAUAAAUCUCAUUAUAAUUAUUUAGUUUUUUUUUGUUUUUGUAUUGAUAUAAACGGCGACAAUGACUACUAGUCUAUUGACAAACGAGAUCUUGGAUUCGCUUCAAGACUUGGAUUAUCAUGACUUCGAUGAUGUUCUUCUAUCCGACGGCGACAACGACUCGCAUGUCGUCGAUGUCUUGUCUCAGUUGACGACAUUCUCGUCGAUCGUCUCGUGGAUAUCCAAUCAGUUGCAGAAACUCUUGCGUUUGGAGUCAUUGGUCCAUCCGAUCAAAGAUGAUAAAGAGUUGGACGCACUGAAGAUUGAAUUGAAUUCACUGUUUCGGGAACUAAAUUCACCGUUAAUUGACUUACCAUUGACUCAGACUGACAACCGAUUGAUAAUACUUAACAGUCUUUUGGGACAUCUAUUGGCCAGUCGUAUGACUCUUGUUGACAAUAAGAUGGCCAACAAUAAUGCAAAUAACUCGAUGACGAUAACGAUGAACGAAAGCCAAACGGCUCGCGACUUGAGGUCAAUGCUAGUAACGCUCGGUAUGGGAAAACCGCCGGAGAAUAUCGGCACCGAUAUGUUGUUCAAGAAAAUCAAAGAAAAGCUGACACAAAGGAUAAAACAACAACAGUUGGUCAUUGAAGACAGUCUAUUGCUUUCAGACGGUUUGCUUUUAUCGGGCAUUCAAUGGAAGACAUUGGAGGCCAUUGAUGGCCAAUUGAAAGGGGAUUAUUCAAUGCGUCGCGAAAUGCUUUUGAGACGCUGUGACUGUACGGUCAAGUCGUUUAUGUGGAAGAAGUCCGACAAUAAUAACGCCGAUUCCGAAGUUCUUGAAUCUCGAAUUAAAGAAGUCUACGAAAAACAGAGAAAUCAGUUGUCAAGUCAUCCGAACGUAACGUUGGCCAAUGCGUUGGCUGCGCGUCCAUCCGAUUGCCAGCUACUCAUUAACGGUGUCGUCAGCAAUAAACCAACCAAUUGUCUCAUAAAAGUGCCGCAAACUAAAGGCAUGGCCAACAAAGGUCUAGAACAGCAAAAACAAAUGGAAGAAAUUCAUAAAUUUCGUAUCGGUUUGGUUCCCGAUCGCGGCGGACGUCCUAAUGAACAAAUUGCACCGUCAAAGGAAAGUUUUUCUCAACAACAGCAGCAAAGAGAUAAUCCACAGCGUGGUAGAGGUGGUCAUAGGGGUGGCGGCGGCGGAGGACGAGGCACUGGUUAUGGGAAUCAAGGAGUAAGUAGUGGUAGCGGCGUUAGGCCUGCGAUACCGCAAAACACUAGUCGUAUACAGGGCUCCGGUUGGACACAAAAUACCGGUGACAGGUAUUCAUCAAAAAGUAAUUAUCAAUACCAACAACAACAUGAAUAUUACGAUAAUGGAAGACAACAACAUCAACAACCACGGCAUCAACAAAAUAACGAUAAUUAUUACCAAACUAGUGGUCAACAGUACGACCAACAACAACAACAAUAUGGAGGAUACCAUCAGCAACAACAAUACGGGUCUCAACGACAAUCACAGUACGGGUCUCAACAACAAUACUCAGAUGGACACUCAUAUAAUAAUAAUAAUAAUAGCAAUAAUUAUAAUAAUCAACAACGAAGUGGUGGCGGCGGCGGUGGUUAUAGAGGUGGUGGUGGCGGCGGUCGACGCUAUUAACGAUAUUAACUAAUU